AUGUCCGAAAAACCACAACAGGAGCAACAAGAGAAACCACAAUCGAGACGUAACUCAUUUGCCGUGAUUGAAUUCACUCCAGAUGUCUUGGACAAAUGUUUGAAGCAAGUGGAGUUCUACUUUUCUGAAUUCAACUUUCCGUACGACAGGUUUCUGCGUGCUACUGCGGAAAAGAACGACGGGUGGGUCCCCAUUAGCACCAUUGCCACGUUCAAUCGUAUGAAGAAGUAUAGACCAGUGGAUAAGGUAAUCGAAGUACUGCGUAGUUCGGAAAUUUUGGAGGUGUCUGCUGAUGGAGAAAACGUCAAGAGACGUGUUCCGUUGGACUUGACUGCUGCCAGAAAUGCAAGAAUUGAGCAAAACCAAAGAACCUUGGCCGUGAUGAAUUUCCCCCACGAGGACGUCGAAGCGUCGCAGAUCCCCGAGUUACAAGAGAAUUUGGAAGCCUUCUUCAAAAAAUUGGGAGAAAUCAACCAAGUGCGUUUGAGAAGAGACCACAAAAACAAGAAAUUCAAUGGUACAAUUUUGGUAGAAUUCAAGACAAUUCCAGAAUGUGAAGCCUUCUUGAAAUCAUAUUCCAGCGAUGACGAAUCCAACGAAAUUCUGUCAUACGAGGGUAAAAAACUGAGUGUUUUGACCAAGAAACAGUUCGACCUACAAAGGGAGGCUUCCAAAUCCAAAAACUUCAGCGGUAGAUCAAGAUCGUUCAACAGCCAUAAAAAGAAAAACUUGCCCAAAUUCCCUAAAAACAAGAAGAGGGAUGACAAGGACGACAAGGACGAUUCUUCUGCAAUUGCCGAUGACGAUGAGGAACAUAAGGAAUGA